AAUGGCGUCCACCAUAACAAUGUUGCACUAAUUGUUUUUGUUUUAUCAAAUUUUAUCGUCAACAUGGCGAUACUGAUCGGUUUUGUUGUGUUAAUGUUUUGUGUGCAGUUUCCACAUUCAGUGCAUGGCUUGAUAUGUCUCUGCGAAGACCCAGACUCCUAUUGUCCGAAGAACAAGACCUGUGUAACGGACGGAGCCUGCUUUGCCUCAAUAUUCUUUUAUGAGGAUAAGCCUUAUUACAAGUUUGGCUGCAAAGCAAAGGCUUCCCUUGUCCCCAUCGGCAAUCCUUUUGAAUGUCAGACCUCGAUAAUAGCUGGUACUGAGACGAAGGUCAACUGCUGUUACGAGGAUAACUGUAACAUGGGUGUACGACCCGAGGUUGAUACAAGGCCUACACCAAAAGUUGACCCAGACAAUGGUAAAACAGAACUCGGCAUUUGGGAACUUGUUGCGAUCACUGCCGGGCCAGUGAUUCUGCUUUGUCUCAUAUUCGUGUUCGCGUUUGUCAUGUACCAUCGGCACAAGAGUCGGAGGAAUUCAAUGUAUCCCAGAGCCAAUCCGAUCGACACUCCCCUCCUCCCAGAUGGCCCCCAGGGCUCUCUGAAUGACAUGUUGACAGAUUACUCAGGAUCGGGCUCAGGCCUGCCCCUGCUGGUCCAAAGAACCAUCGCCCGUCAGAUCCAGCUUGUUGAGAUUCUCGGGAAGGGCCGAUACGGUGAGGUCUGGAUGGGAAAGUGGAAGGGGGAGAGCGUUGCGGUCAAGAUAUUCUCCAGUCGAGACGAGAGAUCAUGGUUUCGGGAGGCUGAGAUCUAUCAGACCGUCAUGCUUCGACAUGAUAAUAUUUUGGGCUUUAUAGCUGCAGAUAAUAAAGACAAUGGCACAUGGACCCAGCUAUGGCUAGUGACUGACCACCAUGAGCAAGGCUCACUUUAUGACUACCUCAACCGGACACCGGUCAGUGCUCAGGCCAUGGUCAAGAUGGCUCUGUCAAUCUCAUGUGGUCUGGCUCAUCUCCACACAGAAAUCAUGGGCACAAGAGGCAAGCCAGCCAUCGCCCACAGAGACUUGAAGAGCAAGAAUAUUCUGGUGAAAAGUAAUGGCCAGUGCUGUAUUGCUGACCUGGGUCUGGCCGUACGUCACGACUCAGCCACAGACGCUGUUGACAUUGCCCCAAACAACAGAGUGGGCACAAAACGUUAUAUGCCCCCAGAAGUCCUGGACGAAACUAUUAACAUGAAUCACUUUGAGUCUUUCAAGAGGGCAGAUGUGUACUCAUUUGGACUGGUACUGUGGGAAAUAGCUAGGAGAUGCUCUAUUGGAGGUAUAUAUGAAGACUACCAGCAACCAUAUUAUAACAUGGUGCCCCCAGAUCCAUAUCUCGAGGAGAUGAAAAAGAUUGUGUGCACUGACAGACGUCGGCCUGACAUACCUAAUAGGUGGCAGGGACACGAGGGAUUACGGGUAAUGGCAAGGGUAAUGAAGGAGUGUUGGUUCCAAAAUGCAGCUGCCCGACUCACUGCUCUUAGAAUCAAGAAGACACUGGACAGUCUGAACACACAAGGAGAUGUGAAAGUUGCCACUGAAACUAGUCUGGAACCAGUAUAGAUGGAAUAUUGACUGGAAUUGUGAACCAGACUAUUCAGACAUUUAAACUGCAGUUUAAAACCAGUCUGUUAAAGAAAACUAUUGACUGGGCAAUUUCAACAACUAUGAAUGGGAAAAAAUCUCAUCUGUAAUUGUGAACCAGUCUUUGAAUCUUAACUGGAACUGGUGAAAUCUUAAGAUGGAAUGUAAACCAGUCUAUUAUUUUUAGCAGAAGAAUUUUUUAUUAGCUUGUGGAGAAAUUCUUUUGAAAUUUUGAAACAAUCUGUAUAGAAUUUUACUGGAACUUUUUAUGCCAGUUUAUUGUGUUAUGUGAAAUGUAACACAGUUUUAUAUCAGCUAAUGAAGUUGUGCCAUACUACAUAAAGCUUAAUUGUUCACUGAGAUGAAACAGCAUAAUUGUUCACUAAGAUAAAAAAGGGUAAUUGUUCACUGAGAUGAAACAGCGCAAUUGUUCACUGAGUUAAAAAAAGAAAAAGGGAGCUUGUUCACUGAGAUAAAAAAGCUAACUUGUUCACUGAAAUGGAGUGGCAACAUUGUUAACCAAAUUGGAUUAGCAUUAAUGUUAACUUAGUUGAACAGCUUAAUUGUUGGAUGGGGUUCUUGAAUAGCGUUAUUGUUCGCUGAUGGGGAAUAUUGUUUUUGUUCACAUUAGUUGAAUGGGGUUUUGUUCAGUGAGGUGAAAGAGUAUUAAUGUUUACCAAAAUGGAAAUAUUAUUGAGUAAAGCAGAAAAACAUUUAUUUCACUGAAGUUUUAAAGCCUUGCUCAGCGAAGUGCAAUAGCAUUAUUGUUCCUUAGUGGCGGAAUGGGUUAUUGUUCACAGGACUGGAAUAGCGUUAUUGUUCACAGGGCUGAAAUAAUGUUAUUGCUCACAGGGGUAGCAUAGUGUUAUUGUUCACGAGGAUGGAAUAGUGUAACUGUUCGUAGAAGUGUGGAAUAGCAUUAUUGUUAACAGAGGUGUAAUAGUGUAAUAGUUAACUAAAGUGAACUGUGAAUGAUAUUCUAGAAAUAGACUCAGUGAUAAUUAGUUUUGUUGAAAUAAUAGCAACUUCAUGUGAAGGUUGAUGUAAAUAUCACAAAUAUGAUAGUUUUGAAUAGUUGUCUUUAAAAUUAUAUCAUCGGCUAUUGUCUGAAAAAGUGGGGGAGGGAAGUGGGGGUUGGCAGUGAAGAGUAUGACGUUUAAAAUUAUUACAAGGUAUAUUUUCUACUCUUGAUCGAAUUUAACAAGCAUUUUAUAUGUUCAAUUUUUUAAACCUACAUGAAUGUCUUUGAAAAAACUUUUAUUGUAUGCUGGUUAUUUUGCAAUGGCAAUAAUUUUACCAGUCUACGUAUGUUUUAACAUGCAAAUGUUUUGUAAAUUGAUUAGAAAGAGACAAAUUUUAGAUUGAUAAAAAAAUAUUUUUACUAUCAAGCCAAAACUUGUCUUGUUAACAAUUGUUUUAUUUUCCUUAUCGUUCAUAUGGUUUGACAUUUUAUUCUUUAGCAAUUAUAAGGGUGACCUGAUACUUCUUUGAAAUAUUUCUUAUAUUAUUCCUUACACUUUUUUAUCCUUAAGUUCUCAUUUUUCGGCUGAAACCUUUUUUAUAUGGAACAGUUGUGUAUUCUUAAAGAAACUUGACCACAAUGUUUGUUUUUUUUCUGUCAAUUUUUAAAGCAUUCUUGUUUAAUUUCUUUACAAAUUAUAAUACCCAAAUUAAGUUAAAAUGACAUGAGUCACCAAUGCAAGUAUUUAGGGAUAUAUUUUAGAUAUUAUAAAUGUCCUUUUUAACAUGCAUGCCCUCAAAAAACUUGCGGGGUAUUUUAGUGGGUCUAUUUUUUCAAAGAUACUGUAUAUGUCCUAUUAAGCAUGCAUGCCCUAUAAAUAGACGCACCGCAGGGCCUUUAUUAGGACAUGGAUAUGGACAUGGAUUAUUAUAGCCUUAAACCUUAACUCCCUUAAAUACAAUUUAUUCAGAUGAAAAGCAUUCCUACAGUCACCAAUUUGCCUGAAACCAUGUGUUUACUGGACUAUUUUAUUGAUUUGCACAGUAUGUAUACUGCUGCAUCGAAGCAUAUACAUACCAAUCUGUGUAAAUAUUGAUCGAUAGUUCAUGUUUUUGACACAAAUUUAGUGGAUUUUAAAAAGUUGCUGUUUGGGAAAAAUGGUUCUUUUUUGGUAUGCAAAGUUCUCAAAAAGACACAUGUCCCGGUGUGUUAAAUAGGGCAUAUACAGCAUUCAUAAAUAUGGAAAACAGAAAUAUUGUGUUUCUUUGGGUAUGAAUUAAAAAGAUCAACCACAUGUGCUUCCUAUUUUAUUGUAAAAAAGAAUAUUAAGAAUUGAUUCAUGAAAAAAAAAAUUGUUUUGAAAGCCAUUUAAAAGAUUUAAAUAAAUAAUAAUAAUAAUUAUUAUAAUAAAUAUAUAAUUGUAAACAUAUUAGACCAAUUUUAAAAAAUCAAUUACUUGAAGAUCUAAAACUGAUUUACUAUCAGUAAAUAAUCAGAUAUUCUUAUACAUGUAGAAACCCUUUGAAUUUUAAGAUUGGCUUCAUUAUUUUUAGAACUACAUAUUUUUGGCUCAAUUUUUUAUAUUUUUAAUGUUUUUUUUUUCAUUCAUUUAGCUUUGUUAUUAAUUACAAAAUGGGGUAUUUCUUUUAUGAGAAUGUGUGAUUUAAGGGAAAAAAAUUGGACUGAAAUGGUCUCAAAUUUGUUGAACAAAUUCUUUUAAGGAUAUUUUCUCAAUAGUUGAUUCAGACUAUUUAUAUUCAAACUUGUUUGAUUUUUUAUUGUCAAUCAUUGGAACAACACGUGUAUAAUAUAUGCCAGUUAGUGUUGGUGUGAUGUUCAUAUGUUUUAUUGUUGACUUAAUAUUAUAUUUCAUGUAAUUUUUGGCACAUACUUGUAAAAAGUACAUGUUUGUUAGUUUUCGAAGAUGCACAUUGUUUAUACACAAAAAUGAUCAUAUCUUUCAUUUCAGCAUUUUCAUUGAUUUAAAUUGACAAAACUGACAAUAAUAAGUGGACAUUCAAUUUUGUAUAAGAAUUGUUUUAAAUUGUUAGAUAAGUUAUUAAUCUCCUGUUCUGAUUCACAUUCAUACAUUUAAUUCACCAGACAAAAAUGAAUUCUUCAGAGAAAUUCUUUGUAUAUAUUAUAUGCAUAGUUUCAUAACUUAUUCAAUACUGUAGUCAUAAUUGUUAAACAUUGGGCCGAUCAUUCAUAACUUUGUUUUAGUUAACAACAUAAUAAACAACAGCGUUGUUAACAAUUAAAAGUAAACUAUUUGAUAAUGCGCUCAUGGAUUUAAACAAAACAAGUACAGCUAAGGGCUAUUCCAUUUAAACAUAUAACCCCCGGCGGAAGGCACUUUUAAAUUAUGACACCCUACAGAAGCAAAUUUACCUGUUCGGGGUCCAAAUAAGCGGGAAAAAAAGACACCCACCUAUAUACUAUUUAAAUAAUUGCCUUCCCCCAGUGGGUUAUAUGUUUUACUGGAAUAGCCCUAAGGAGUUGUUUCAAACCUUUUAAGGAAAACUGUAGGUCACAAGUGUAUCCAUUAAACUUCAGAGCAGUAUCAACUUAGAAGGUUACAACGAUGCCAAUAACAGUGUUGUUAACUGUAACAAAGUUCUGAACAACUGGCUCAUUGUAUUGAUUUUGUCAAUCACCAAAAAAAAUGAUGGCUUUUUCAUCCUUAGUUAAGUUCGGCUACAUAAGUCUCACGAAUUUACUGGCCCCAACUUCACAAAAAUACAUAUUUCAAAUAACUCGUGUUACCACAUAAAAGCCAAGUGUGUUUUAAAAUCUUCCAUGUUUUAUUAUUUUUGAAAACAUAUUUUCUCGUAGAAUGUAUUGAUAAAUAGAUUUUCUCAAUAUUUUAAAGAUAACUAAUUCUAGAGCAAAUAAUAAUUUUGAGAAAUUGAGUUUUGAGUUGAAAAACAAUGAAUUGUGCUCAAAUACAUUUUCUGCUGCAGGAUAUUUUUCCCUAGGAAUCUUGAAUAAUAGGGUUUAUCAAUAUAUUCUACGGUAGAAUGCGCUUUUGACAAGUGUGAAAACAUGAUUGUUUGUAACUUUUCAUGCUAUGUGGUUAAUCUAGUUAAGACUGAGAUUGAGAAUUGACUUGAGUAUUUUUGUGAUAUCAAGGCCAGGUCUUAUUCACUGUAUAUUAGUGUCUUUUUUAAAUCAGGUUAUUCAACAAUUUAAGUGCUGAAAACAAUAAUACCUCCUUGUGUAACCUCAAACAUUUGUUUAGCUCAUCAGAUUAAAUUCUGCUAUUAUCUGACAUGGUUUUGUCAUUACAUGAUCAUUUCUGGAGCUUCUUUGUUCAUGUUUUAUGCCAAGUUCGUUUUCUUAAAUUACUUUCACCUUUAAGCUUAUUCUGUCAUGUCAGCCGAAGCAAUGUUGUGUAGUACUAAAUAAAUAAGCAAGCAAACUAGCAGCAAGCUCAUUUUAAACAAGGUAUUCCACGAGGGUUAGAGUGGUCUAGUGGCAUAGGUGUCUGCCUCAUAUCCAAGAGGUUGUGGGUUUAAAACCCCAUUAAUAUGAGAAUGGUUUCGGCAGUGAAAUUGGAAACAUUUUUAAGGCUUUAUAGGAGCAAACUUUUUAAGUUCUCAAAAUGUUUUAAGAUUCCUACACUUCAUACAAAGUGUAAUCUUUUUUAUGAUUAAAGUUUGCAUAUUCUUAUUUUACGAGUAAUUUGCAUAUUACGCGCUAGCAUUGAACUAUAAAUUAUUAAGAAGUGAAUACUGAGUAAUAAAGUCAGUACACAUGUAAAUAGGGCAUAUUAUGUAAGAAGGUGAAUCUGUGAGGUUGCAUCACUCCAAGAUGCUUGUGUUAAGAGCAUAUUGCACGAGACCAAAGUACAUUGACUCGAGCAACAAGAAGUGAUACAAUCCCACAGGUUAUCCGAAUUACAUAGUAUUUCUUUUAUUUCAUACCUUUAAAUGUUUGUUGUUUUUUGUGUGUUUUUUAUUAAUUAUUAUUUUACAAAAGCGUCUCAAUUCUUGUACAUAGCACGGAGCCGAUUUUUACAUGCGCAGUAGGCUAUUCUGUGAUACUGAAAAAGAAUACGGUACACACACAGUGUUAAAUACAUAUUUUUUUCUAGUUUCCAUACUUUGUUUUCAUCGUGCAAUAUUUCGAAGGAAUUUAAUAGGUAUGAAAUAAAUGAACUUAUCUGCAUUUCUGCUGUUUUUCUUCACAAAGUUUGCACAAAAAUUGUGUCUGUUCAUGUCAUUACAACAUCAAGUUCUGGGUUUAAAUUAUACAAUUAAUUAAAUGAUAGAUAGUAAUUUCUGGUGGUGUUAAGAAUGCAUCUACUACUUUUUUUUUAAAUGAUAUGCACUUUAAUUGACAGAUAUUCUUCUUUUUAUUGUCUAACAAUCAAAGAUGGUUGGUCUGAUACUAUGGUAUGUGGGUCAUUAUAACGUGUGUGUUUUUCAAAGAAAAAAAAAGUUAUUGUCAUAGCCUUUUUGUCGUCGUUGGCCUUGAUGAUAUGAAAUAAAUAUCAGAUCCCACGGAGGGUGAUAGCAUAUACUGUUAACCCGAGAAAGUUAAAGACAACCGAAAAUAUUUAUAUGUUUCCUAUCGGAUCGGAUUUCUUUUAUUAUUCCGAACAUAUAUACAUUUGUAAAAAAAAAUAACACACACAUAAUGAGUGACUUUAUUUUUAUUUUGAAAUUAAUUAAACACCAAAUUGCAAGUUUGUUGAACAGGUCUAAGUCAUUUUUUUUUUCACAAGGAUGUAAGGUGUUUAUUUAACAUUUAUUUACAUAGAAAUCAGGGUGUGGAUUCACGUGACCUCAAAUGGAUCUCACCUGGGUCAAACCGAUGUUAACAAACAAGUGAGUGACGUUAAUUGCUAAUUAACUUUUUUGAAAAAAAAAAUAUGAAGAUAUAUUAUAGCCUAUAAAAGGCUAUGCUAUUUUCUGCUUUUACACGGGUAAAUAUUUUUAGAUUAGCUUAUAUUUCAAAUCCUUGGCCAACAUUUUAGCGUUGCAUCAUUCUACAAAAUUCCGUAAAGUUGAAAUUAUUAAAGAAAAAAAAAUCACAUUCCUUAUUUCUUUUUUUUCUUACUUUGUUAUUCUUUUGUGACCCUUGGUGACCUAUGUGAAACCCCUUGAUGUCACGUGACUCCUCAACAUGGGACUGGAAUUAUUGCACAUCGUGAUCCCAUCUGCAAACAUUGAAGCGCUUGGCGAUUACCUGCUUAAUAAUUGACUGUUAACUGUUUAAUAAGCGUCUGUCUACUUUAUGUAUAUAUUGGAAAUUCCAAGUGUUUUUAAACCCAUGAGAGGGUAACGUAAACGUAUCACCCGGUGAAAAGCAUUUUGCCAAAGGGUUACAUUACGGAUUGGCUAGUGUCGUGUAUAUGAGAAUUUUACAUGGACAAGUCCUGUGAGGUAUAAUAAUCGAAGUUGAUGCACAUGUUGUCAGAGAUAUUGAUGCACAUGUUGUCAGUUGAUGCACAUGUUGUCAGAGAUAUUGAUGCACAUGUUGUCAGAGAUAAUACGCACAUGUAUAUCAAGGCCCAAUACUCUGUAUUUUUUAUCUCUCAGGUUAUGCCCCUUUUCGACUGCAAAGAGCAAGAACAGGAGAGCAUUAGUGUUCUUGUUAAGUAUUGAUGGUACUUUUAAAAUGAUUUCAGAAUUCUCUCAGUUAAUUGGUGGAAUAGAUGUACCUAAACCGAAAUGUUAUGUAGUUUUUUUUCAACCAUUAUUACUAUGUGAAUUGUAUAUUAAUAUUGUUUGGCAAUUUUCUUUUUGGUGUAUUGCUCUGUUGAUGCUUUGCUAUAUACACGAAACAUAAAUAUGAAUAAAGUGCAACGCUUGA